GAUUCCAAUGGACUAUAGGUAGCGCUAGCUUAUUAUCACGAUUGAUAAUGAAAUGUAGGCUGAUGUAAAAAUAAUUAAUACGACUAUAGUUCAAAAAUCAAAAUAUGCUUAAUAUGCAACAUAAAAUUUCGUAUUUAAACUCAUGGUUAUCUGAUUUAUUUACAUAAAUUCAUACACCUAUUUUGUCUUUUUUUUUAAAUAUUUAAAAAUGUUUACUUCUAUAAUUGAACUUAUUGAUAUUUUAAACUACAUUGGUGAUAGUAAAAGGCCAUUAGUUGAAGGGACACAAAUAUUGCAAUGCAAUCAUAUAAUAGAUUUUGGUAUUAAAGAAGAAAAUACAAAUAAAGUUGUUUAUAUAGCAUUGUGCUUACAAACAUCCAAUUUAAAUGGCCAUCCUCAUGAAGUAAAUAUUUCAAAAUUGUGUGAAGAUGGUAAUACAGUCAUAACUGGUUCGUGCACUUGCAAAGCUGGCACUGGAAAAUGUAAGCAUGUUGUGGGAUUUUUGCUCAAGCUCCAAAAAACUUCAGAAGAGGAGAUACAACAUUUAAGCUGCACUGAUCUUCGUCAACAAUGGGGCAAAUUAAAGAAUACUGGUAUUGAUUUGUAUAAACCAAUACCAGUAAAAGAAUUUUGUCACGUUGACUGCCCUACUGCUGUUUAUAAACAAGUCUUCCCAGAAUCACUGCCUCCAGAUCUUCAGGAAGAAGUUUUUAAAUCAUUGUUACAAGGUUUUCCAGACUCGGCAAUAUCUAUUCACUUACAAGGUCGCCAUAGUCCUCGGAUCAAUAAACUGCAAGACACUGUAAUACCCGGUUACGAUAAAAAUAAUUUUUAUGUUAAUUUGGUAACUGCACAUAAUUUAAUAAUCUCUGAUGAACAAAAUAAUAUAUCUGAGCUUAUUAAAAAUAGUUCCCCAGAUGCUAUACAUUUUUAUACAAGAAAAGUUUUAAUUAAUGAACAAGAAUCAAUAAAUCUGUGUAAUAGUACAUUGUCUCAAACAGGGCCAUUGUGGUAUAUGUCUCGUCAAUUGAGAAUUACUGGUACAUCAGCUUAUAAACUAUUUACUUAUUUUUCUGGGGAACUUCAAAAUAAAAAUAUUAAUUUGAGACUGAAGUCCUUAUUUUUUUCUAAGUUUUGUGGAAAUAGUGCUACUAAAUAUGGGGUGGAAAAUGAACCAUUGGCUAUUAAGUCUUUUGAAAAAUUAAAAAAUGAAACUGUUAUUAAAUCUGGCUUUGUUGUAAAUAUUCAUUGUCCUUGGUUAGGAUAUAGUCCAGAUGGGCAUUUCAUGUGCAAUAAUCAAAUUUAUCUUAUUGAAAUUAAGUGUCCUGUUAUGGGAAAAACAAUAUUUGGAUUAGAACUAUUAAAAAGUUUAAAAUACAUUACAAUUAAUAAUUUAGGAAUACCCUUUCUAAAAAAGAAACACUCUUAUUAUGGACAAAUUCAGUUAGGCUUAUUACUUAGCAAUAUUAAACUUUGUUAUUUAGUUAUUUAUGAAAAAGUUAAUGAUUCUGUUAUCCUAAUAGAAGUAAUGUUUGAUGAAGAAUUUUGUAAAGAAUUUUAUUCUACCUUAAGUUGUAUAUAUUUCAAAUAUGUUUUACCUUUUUUAAUGGAGAACGAGGUUAAUAAAUAAUACGUUUUUAAAUAUAA